CGCGAAUGAUUGACAGGCAGAACGUUCUUCUGAUUGGAGGAGCGGCUGUCAGUCACACAGAUUCUCAGCGGCGACCGUUUAUUCGCGAUAUAGAAUUAGUUAUUAAAACGGUAGGCUUUUGUUUUGUCACCUCAGUAUAACCAGACCAGCACAUGUAAAAUCGCUUUUCAGUAACUUCUGCAGCUAAAGACAAUAAAAAGAAGCGUCGGUUGGUUCCUGUCAGUCAGUGGAAUUCGCGCGGGAAACGCAUCGUCAGCUUUAUUCGUGAGGAGAACCGGCAGGCGGUGAGAUGAAACUUCCCCCGCCGGAACCGAGGGCAGGAAAGCUGGAAAAAGCGGAAAUAAACAGUCGCGCCGAAAGAGGAACUGCAGUUAUGGGCGGAAUACGAGGCUAGUGCGUACUACAGAGAGCAACGCGAGCCGCACUCGUGAGGAUGUGGAUCACUCCUGAAGAAGUCGCGCUGAAAAACGCGCUGAAGCUCUGGGUGACCGACAGAUCCAACGAUUAUUUCCUCCUGCAGCACCGGCGAGGACACGGAGACACGGGAGGGAAAAUCACAGGUUUGCUGGUGGGCGCGCUGGACACCGUGCUGGACUCAAAUGCGCGCGUGGCCCCGUUCCGGAUCGUUCUGCAUGUUCCCGGGUCGCAGGUCAGCUGGGUCAUAGCCAGCGGAGCCACGAUAGAGGAGGUGCAGAAACACUGGAAAUGGCUGGAUCAGAACCUGCUGCCGUACAUGGCUGUGCUUGAGAAUAAAGAAGACGCUGCCAGUUUUGUGCAGGGCAAAGUGAAAGGUUUAAUCGCGGAGGAGGUUUUGGGCGGUCAGGCUGCACGGGAGGAUGAUCCGGCACGCUUUCGGGAAGAUCUGGCACGGUUCGAGCAGCGCUUCGGACUCCCUCAGCGAGAGAAACUGGUGACGCAUUACUCCUGCUGCUGCUGGAAGGGCCACGUGCCGCGCCAGGGCUCACUGUACCUCACCACCAACCACAUCGCCUUCUACUCAUUCCUACUGGGCAAAGAGGUGAAGCUGUUAGUUCCGUGGGCUGAAGUGACGCGGCUGGAACGUGUGUCGGUGGGUUUGCUGACGGAUGUGAUCCGUGUUCACACGAGACGGAAACAGAGGGAUUUCUCCAUGUUUCUGAACGUGGACGAGGUGAUGAGGGUCAUGUGUCAGCUGGCUGAUAUCGCCCUCCGCAGGCUGCUGGACAGCGGUGGACUCACACUCGACCAGUCACUGCAGGACUCCACCAACAUAACCAAGAGGGUGUUGGAGGAACAGGCUCUCAGGCAGUACGUGCUCUCUCUCUUUGGCUUGCCGCGGGCCGAGCGUCUGCAGGAAGUGAUGUCAUGCUUGGUUUGGACUCCUCACGCCCGCUGCCACACGCCGGGCACCGUCUACACCACAGAUGGGUAUCUGUGCUUCAGCAGCCGUGAGGAGGGCCAUUGUACUCUCAUCAUACCCCUCACAGAGAUCCUCUCCAUUGAGAAAGCGGAGAGCACCAGCGCUCUUCCUAACCCCGUCAUCAUUAGCGUCCGCUGUAAGCGAGCGUUCCAGCUGAUCGAGCUGCUCCAUCGGGACGAGCUGGUGGAGAACAUCAGGCACCGGCUGCGAGAUCUGCACUGGAAACAGAACUUGAUCUGCGGACACGAGCAGCGCAAGAAAUCCACGAUCUCCUCCACACCAUACUACACCUUCUGUUACGACACCGUCCAAUCAGAUGAGGAGGACAGCAGCGUCAUCAUCUCUGAUAAAGCUCUGCGUCACACCGUCCACACCGACCUCGUGUCCACAUUCCACCCCAGCCAAUCAGACGCUCCGAACAAGACCAGUAACACGGAGCAGGUUCGAGAGCGUUUGUGGGAGGAACACUUCACCGAGUUCGGUCGCGGCGUUCACAUGUUUCGCACGGAUAAGAUCCGUAAGCUGGUGGCGCUGGGGAUCCCCGAGUCUCUGCGCGGAGAGCUGUGGCUCAACUUCUCCGACGCGUGUUCCUCGCUGGCAGCUCAUCCCAACUACUACGCGGAUCUGCUGGAGAAAUGCAGAGGGGAAAGCAGCAUCGCCACAGAGGAGAUCGAGCGAGAUCUGCACCGCUCGCUGCCGGAGCAUCCGGCCUUCCAGAACGAGACGGGGAUCUCAGCGCUGCGCCGCGUCCUCACAGCCUACGCCUUCAGAAACCCCGCCAUCGGCUACUGCCAGUCCAUGAACAUCCUGGCCUCUGUGAUGCUCCUGUACACUAAAGAAGAGGAAGCGUUCUGGCUGCUGGUCACUGUGUGCGAGCGGAUGCUGCCCGACUACUUCAACCGCAGGGUCAUCGGAGCUCAGGUGGAUCAGUCGGUGUUGGAGGAGCUGAUCCGCGAGCGUCUGCCGGAGCUGUCGGAGCGUAUUCCUGACCUCUCUCCGCUGGCGUCUGCGUCGCUCACGUGGUUCCUGACGCUGUUCAUCAGCGCUCUGCCCUUCCGCAGCGCUCUGUGUGUCCUCGACUGCUUCUUCUACCUCGGCAUCAGAGCCGUCUUCCAGAUCGCGCUGGCGGUGCUGGACGCUAACACGGCCGAGCUCAGCUCCUGCAGCGACGACGGACACGCGCUCAUGAUCCUGACCAGUUUCCUGGAGCAGGUCAGACACGAGGAGGAGUCACACGUUUGUGCUGAAGACGCAGGAGCUUCUCAUCGUCUGAACAUCACCACGCUCAUCACGGAUGCGCAUGAGAAAUUCUGCGGUGUGUCGGUGAAGCAUGUGGAGAUGUUGAGGAGCCGCCAGCGUGUUCAGGUGCUGCAGGUGCACGAGGACUCCACCAAAGACAACGCACUGCGGUUGGUCACAGCAGACGUGUCUCUGUCGCAGCAAGACCUGUCGGAGCUCUACGACCUCUUCAAGACAGAGCACUUCGUCAGUCUGUACUGGGGUGACGGCGUCUCCUCCUCCUCUGCGUCUCCUGCUCCUCCUGCGGCGGCCGCUGGCUCUGCGGAGCACUAUGUGGUGGAUCGAGCUCAGUUUAAGAGUCUGUAUGAGCUGCUGACGCCGUGGAGCUGCGGGACACACACAGACACCGUCGCUCAGCGCGCCUUCACUCUGCUGGAUCAGGACCGAGACGGCCUCGUCACCUUCUCUCACUUCACUCAGAUGCUGGACCUUCUGUACUGUGAGGAGCUGAAUGAGAAGAUCCGGCUGCUGUAUCGACUGCACAUCCCUCCAGCUCUGAGCGAGGACGCAGAAGACUCGUCUCCUCUGAAGAGUCCCGUGUUAUCCAGCACCAGACCUCUCUGUGUCAGCGCCAACGGAGAGAGGCAGAGUUAUGAAGAGCAGCUGCAGCAGAUGCUUCAGGACUUGAGCAGAGGAAAGCAGAAGAACGAGGAGAAGCCUCUUCCUCACAUGAACCAGCACCAGUUCAUCCAGUUCUGCAAGACGCUCUACAGCAUGUUUCAGGGCGAUCCGGGCGAGGCCGAGCUCUUCCAGGCCAUCGGGAUGGUCACCAGCCUCGUGCUGCAGAUCGGAGAGGCUCGACAGAGCGGCGAGAGCCGGAGCGAGGAGCACUGGUCAGCCAGCUUCGAGCAGAUCCUGGCCUCUUUACUGACCGAGCCGGUGCUGGUUAGCUUCCUGGAGCGACCCGUCCAGCUGAGAGCCAGGAUCAGCGCCGCCAAGCCCCGUCAGUACCAGGAGCGCGCUGGGCUGCUGAUGAUCCAGCACACACACCCACGAGUGCCUUGAUCUUCACAGACGUCUACACAAUCCCAUGAUGCCGCUGGGGGGAGCCGGACUCAACUCAACAGCAAUCUGUGUGUUUCAUCAGCAGCAUACUUUACUUUGCAGAUCUCAAACAGAUACCAAGUCUGACAGGACUGAACUGUUUACAUGUUACUGACCAUAUGAUCAACUCACAUGAAGGAAAUACUGAUCGUUAUUAUUAUUAUCGAACGAUUCUGAAUCACCAGGCGAAUCUGAUGCAUGCUGAAAGCUUCAGUUAGAAUGUUUACACUGCUCUUCCUCAGUAUUUCCAUCUGGUUGUCCAGUACAUAUAUCUAAGCAUUCUUAAAUCAAGACACAUUUACUGGAGACGCACAGCGACAGAAGAUAUUAAAGGUGAAGUUCUCACAAAAAAAUGUUACAUUUUUUGGUGAACCGUCCCUUUAAUUUUAGUUUUCUGAAAAAAGC